ACGCUUUUGAUACACAUGUUGCUUCAAAAUUUCCGAUAUCCACAACAGAAAUUCUAUAUAAAUUCUUCCGGCCACGAAUAAAUCAUUUAUUCCUGCGUUACAAUGUUUUAUUAAUUUAAUUGAUUGAUGCACAAUACGUAUCAUAUCUAACAGUAUUUAAAAAAAGUUGUAACUCUUUGAAUUUUGUGAAGAGGAGAAAUUGAUGGAAAAAUUGUCAAAAGAUAACGAGAGAAGUCUAGUGUGAACUCCGGAGUUUGGAACAAAAAAAUGUUUUCAGCUUUCUGACGCAAGGUGUCUACAAAGGCGCAGUAUUCGUUUAAGAAGCCGAGAAUACUGUCAGAAGACUUUGAGAACUUUAUCAAGAAGAAAUCUCGUUCAUUCCAAUGCAGAAAGAUUUGCGAGACGAGCGUUCGGUCUGAAUUCUUAAUACUUCUAUUAAGUAAAACAUUAAAACAAAUAGUUAACAUGUUAAAGACGCCCCUAAAAAUUUCACAACGAUUACUUUCUUUGAAUAUUAUUUCAAACAACGUCGUAAUUUUAUAUAGAACUUUUAAUACAAUAGAAAAUAAUAUUGCAAUGAGUGAUUGUUUCUUGCAAAGUAGCAUUACCAAAAUAAUAAUGACGAAGCUCGCACGAUGGAAGAGCGCACAGUCUAGCUGUGAAAAAGAUAAUAUAAGUUUAAAGGAACGGCAAGAAUGUAUCAAAGAUUAUCAACAAUCUGCUGAGUUCCGUCAGAAGAUGCGACGUAGCAACGAUUGUAAGGCGUCUGCAAAAUGUUGUCAAAAUUUCAGAAGCGAUUUAUUGAAUCAUAAGGAAUACUAUCGAUCGAUUGAAUCUAUUUGUCCAGUUUACUCGGAAAAACCUGUACCAUACAGCAAUAAGCAAGAAUGUGAAUUAGAUAACCACGUGUUUUCUUCAACGCGAAUAAUGAGCAAGAACUGGAUUUCCAGAAAACUAGCCACGCAAGGAAAAAUUUAUCACAAAUGUAAGCCAAAACUGUGUACUUUUUCUCAUUUGACUAAACGCAAAGAAAUAUGCCUUUCAUCGCGCACACCGCGAGACUGUCGCGAAAACAAAAUGAAAAACAUAAGAGGACAUAAGCUGAAACAAAAUGUGACUAUUUUUUCUACGCAACACUGUUCCAAACCGAAAGUGGAAUCUUCUCUCGAACCAAUUAAAACGUUGCGUGAGAAAGAAAUAUCAGCUGUGAAAAUUAAAGUGCCAAAAACAUAUUCUGCACCCGACAUUUACGACGAUCAGAUAAAACUCAAUCUUUCUGCCAAUUUUUCCAUUUCUCCCGGUCUUGCUAAUAAGACAGAAAUGAAGGUCCAGAAAUUUCAAACGCCGACAAGAAAUGGUCGUUAUUUCAUCGAGAAACCUGAAGAGAAACUCGUCAUGUCGGACAUCAGAGAUUGCAAGCACGAGCUGGCAAGAUUCGAUUAUCGAUCGAGUAAGAAUUCUUACAAGGAGAUGUGGAGUAUCAUUGUAAAUCGCAAUUCGUUCGAAGACGUGCAAGAAAGGCAAAAAGCUUCUUUAUCUCGCGGUAGAAGGACAAAGAAACUGAAGUCGCGACAGAAAGAAACUACAAGGAAAAAUAAGAAGAGAAUUAACUUGCGUAGCGGAUGGCUUCGACAAAAAUAUAAAAUUCGUCUGAAGAUUUUUCGAAAAAGAAACGGACGCGAUCCCGGCCUUCCGCAGAUUGUCGAGCUAAUACAACCGCGUGGAAAAAUGCGAUCAUUCCCGCCAAAAGUGCCACGAAGGAAAGCGAACUUGCGCCUCAAUUGAAAAGUCCGUGUCCGCUCGAUUGUCUACUCAAAUCGCCGGAUGUCAAGACAAAAAGUUAUUCAAUGAAGAUAAAAAAAAAAACAAGCAAAACGAGCGCUUGCGGGCGAAGAAAAUAUUCUCCCAAAAAGCAUUGAACUGAACUUUUAAAGCUAUUUUGAAAUUUGCUCUUUGUUAACAUUAAAAUUGUAUAAAUUGUAUACCUGUACUUUUAA